UGGCCAAUCGCGGAGUAGAAGGUGGGGUUUGUCGUAAAAGCUGGUUCAGUGUUUUCGGGUAUUGGUGUAUUACGUCAAGUCCAUGUGGUUUCUGACAACCGUUUAUACUACACUAUUUCGUUUUUAAAGUUUAGUACAUUACUGACACACAGUCGGAAAUGAGUUCUCAGAGAGGCACCGGGUCUCGAAAUCGAGGCCAAAAAUAUCAAAACACGACUGCUUUUAAAAAUGAUAAACAUGGCGCGAGUCCUCAAGUGAAGAAAGCCAACGCGAAAGUGCACGAUGGUGUGUGUCAGCGCUGUAAAGACGUCCUGGAGUGGAAGGUUAAAUACAAUAAGUACAAGUCUUUAACACAACCUCGCAAAUGUGUUAAAUGCCUGCAGAAGUCAGUGAAGGAUGCGUAUUACAUCAUGUGCAGGCCGUGUGCACUCCAGCUGCAGCUGUGUGCUAAAUGUGGGAAGAGCGAAGAGGUGGUCAUUCCGCUGGACAAAAAGGAAGACGAGGAAGUGGAGGAAGUAGAACCAAAAAUAAACAGGAGAAAAAAUCGAGAAGCACAUCUCACAGAUGAGGAGGAUGAACUGGAUGAUUUGGAUGACUUUGGUGACAUGGACAACGAUUGUGAUUCUGAGGAGACUGAAAAAUAAGGAGACGUCUUGUCUGUUAGCAGUGAACCUUAUCAUUGCUAACAUGGCGAAUCAUGAACUCUGAACAUACAGCAGAGUGAACGAGUUUUAACUGCUUGAGAAAACAUUGCUAAGUUAACGCAAAGGGCCAAGCAGUUCAGAGUUAAAGGAUUUUACUUGGAGAUACAUCAGUGACUGAACGGCACUCUGGGAUUUGAACUCACAACCUUCCUGUGGCAUCAGUAGUGAAGAGCAACAUCUGGAUAAAACCAUAUUUUAUGCGUUACUACUUUUUUUUUUUUUUUUUACUAAUUUUCAACUCUGCAUUGAAUGUCA